AUGCCCAGCUUCGACGAGAAACGCGCCCACUCCAAUGGCGACAACGUCUCGGAGGACGCGGCCCCCAAGCUCGAUCCUAGGACCGCGGGAGAGCUCCAAGAGGGAUUGGACGCACACAUUGGUGUAAAGCGGGUCGAGGCGGCGGAGCAAGUGUACGGCAAGUACUCUAAGUGGUUCCUCUUCAUCGGACUUGGACUCGCGUCGUACAUUUACUCGCUUGACGGCCAAACAACAUACAACUAUCUUGCGUUUGCCGCGUCAGAUUUGGACAAGCACUCCCUCAUUUCAACCAUCCAGGUAGCGCAGUCAACCAUUAUUGCUGUUGGGAAGCCUGUCAUUGCCAAGUUCGCCGAUGUCCGGUCUCGUUCACAGGCGUACAUGGUUGUCUUGACGUCCUAUGUCCUCGGUUACAUCAUCAUUGCGUCGGCUAAGACCUUCGGCGCGCUGGCAGCCGGCAUUAUCCUCUAUGCUCUUGGUUAUACCGGCUUGCAACUCCUGACCUCUGUCAUCGUUGCUGAUAUCACCACGCUUAAAUGGCGUGGUCUCGUGAACGGUUUGACCUCGGCACCGUUCAUCAUCAACGCCUUCAUUGGCAGCAAUGUCGCUUCGCAGGUUUACCUCCGCUCAGGAUGGCGUUGGGGAUACGGCAUGUUCGCCGUGCUCGUCCCAGCUGCUCUUGCGCCGCUCAUCGUUACCUUGGCAUGGGCCGAAAGGAAGGCGAAGAAGCUUGGACUUGUCCCUGCCCUUGCGAAGGACUCCUAUGCUGGUUCAAGCCUCGCCGUCGUUGUCGCCCACAAAGCACAUAACUUCGUUGAGCAGCUUGACCUCUUUGGUCUGCUCCUCAUCGGCACGAGUGUGGCUUUGAUUCUGCUUCCCCUCACCCUUGCCGAAGGGGCGAAGGGCGGAUGGAAGAACCCUUCGAUGAUUGCGAUGCUUGUCGUCGGCGUGAUCCUCAUUCCUCUGAUCGCUGUUUGGGAGUUGAAGUUCGCCAAACAUCCUGUGAUCACCCACCGUUUGCUCAAGAACCGUACGGUGGUUCUGGCGGCGUGGAUUGGAUUUUUUGACUUCUUCUCCUACUACCUCGCGGCGACAUACCUCUACUCGUUCAUCUACAUCACGAAGCCAUGGUCGCUGACGGACAUCAACUACUUCAACCAGACGCAGUCUGUUGGCCUCACUGUCUUUGCCAUCAUGGCAGGGGUUAUCAUGCGCUUCACCCACCGUUACAAGUUGCUUCUCAUCGCCGGCCUCGCCAUUCGCCUCUUCGGUGUCGGCCUCAUGAUCCACUCUCGUGGAGCAAAUGCUUCUGACGUCGAGAUCAUCUUCACACAGAUCAUCCAGAGUCUCGGCGGCGGCUUUGCGUCGGUCUGUAUCACUGUUUCUUCCCAAGCCUCGGUGCCCCACGCGGACAUGGCGAUCACAACCGCCAUGGUCCUCCUCUGGACCGAGAUCGGUGGUGCAGUCGGUAGCGCAGUCGCCGGCGCGAUCUGGACGAACACGAUGCCAGUGAAGCUGGCAGAGCACAUUCCGAGCCUCCCGCCAGACGAGAUUGCAAAACUAUUCAGUUCUAUCACCCUCGUCGCCACGUAUGACUUCGGCUCCCCCGUGCGCGACGGCGCCAUCGCCGCAUACGGCGACGUGAUGAAGCUGAUGCUCAUCGCCGGCACCGUCACCGCGGGCGUGUCGUUCCUGCUCUCGUUCGGCAUGCCGAGCUGGUACCUCGGCGACGUCCAGAACGCUGUCGAGGCCAUCGACCUCAAGGGCUCCUCCGUUCACGCACCGGAGCCGAAGGCGGAGAGGGGCGACCAGGUAGUUUAA